GACCCCGGUUCUGUUCGGAAUCCUAGCGUUUGGCAACAACACUGACGGGCAGUGCGGCGUCGGUGCUGGACACGACGUCCUGAAUUACGGCAGAGGCUAAGUACGUUGUCUAGUUUAUAAUCCUCUAUAAGGGUUCGAGUCCGACUACUUUCCGGUGUUGAAAGUAAAGCUUUUUCAGGGCAGCGUCAUCUAGAAGGACGUGCAGCGUGUUUCAUAACUACAUCUAAAGGUAAAUACUCCUCUAAGCUCAGGAAGAAGACGUCGUCCACGCGGAUCCGCAUGUGCAACGGAGCUCAUUGAGAGUCCUCUGGGACCCACAUCCUGUCGCCGAACUCGCCUCCACCUGUGCCUUUCUCGCCGUUGGCGCCGACCACUGUCUGGGC